AUGUUGAAUAGUAUAAACAGUGAUAAACCCGAAAGUGGUGAUAAAACAGAUAUGGAAAACAAUGUAAACGAUAGAGAGGUAAAUGAUAAUAAUAUAACAAAUAACAAAUUAAAUAAUAAUGAAAAUUUUGAUAAUGUAAGUAAAAAUGGAUUUAUUAAUGACAAAAUAAAUGUCGAAAAAACAAAUUCCGAUUCUUCUAAUAAUGAUAUAAGCAUAAAACGUAUAUCAGAAAAUGAAAAUGAUCAAGGUGGUGGUGAAAAUGAUAAAUGUGGUAGUGAACAUGAUAAAUGUGGUGGUGAAAAUGAUAAAUGUGGUAGUGAAAAUGAUCAAGGUGGUGACUAUAAUUUACGAAAUAAAGAUAUACAACAUAUUUUAGAUAACAGUUUAGAGUGUGAUAAUAUUGUAAUAAAAAAUGUAGAAGAUUCAAAUAAUAAAGAUAUAGAAAAAUCAGAGAUUUUGGAGAAUAAUCAGAUUCAAAAAAAUAUUACACAUUACACUAAUAAUAACAAUGAUAAUAAUAAAUUUUGCAAAGGGGAAGAUGCAAUUGAAAUAGAAAACAUUAACACUUCUUACAAAAAUAUUUAUAGUGAGUCGAUUGAUGGUUCACAUAAAGAUGAAUUUAAUUAUAAAGAAAUAAGUUGCAUAAAAAUAGAUAAUUCUGAUUUUAACAAAAGAGAACAAUAUGAUGAAAAAAAUGGGAGUAUAUCCCCAAUUAAAAUGAAUAACAAUUCCGAUAAAAGUGAUGAUUUAAAUAACUACAAUUUAGAAAAUAAUGAGUUAGAUAAAAAUGCGGAUAAUUUUGAUGAAAAAAAAGAAAAAAAAAAUUCUCAAAAUUAUCUCAAUAGUAGCAACGAUAAAAAUAAUUGUAAUAAUGACAAUUUUGAAUGUAAUAAUGACAAUUUUGAAUAUAAUAAUGGAAAUGAUUUGAAUACAGUAUGUACUAAUGCUAGUGGUAUUUUGGAUAUAAAUAAUAAAACUAAUGAUUCUGAUAUCAUAAUGAAAAAUAAUGAUAAUGCAGAAAUUGGUGUAAAUAAAAUAAAAGAGAUGGAGGAAGAAAAGAACAAGUGUAGUAAUAAUGAAAACGAUACAAUGUCUAAUAAGGAAAAUAUAAAUGAAAUUAAAAAUGGGGAGGAUGAUAAUAUAGUAUUUAAUAACAAUAAUUCGUUGCAAAUAUUUAAAGAAAAGGAGAAUAAAAUUAAAGAAAAUUAUGAAAUAGCUAGUGAGGAUAAUGCAGAGACUGAUGCAAAGUUAUAUGAAUGCAAAGAGGUGAGCGAAAAGGAAACAAACGAAAAAAAUAUUAACAAUGAUAAUGGUGAUGUAGAUAAAGUAAUAGAUGAUGAAGGAAAUGGUAAUACGCAAAAGGAAGAAAAAGAAUUAAAUAAUUGUAGUUUUGAAGAAAAUAAAAAAUAUGAAGAUGGAUGUGAAGAUGGAUGUGAAGAUGGGCGUGAAGAUGGGCGUGAAGAUGGGUGCGAAAAACCAAAUGUGGAAAAUGAUAAUUAUGAUGAUAUAAAUAAAAAAAGGAAACAUAUUUCAUCAUGUGAUGAAUCAAGAAAGGAUAGAAAAUUAAGUAGUCAAAAGGAACAUGAAGAAAUUGAGAAUGAGGAUAUAAAUAAAUAUGGAAAUGAUAUUGAUAGUAAUGCCAUUAAUACAACAUUUUGCAAAAAUAACAAUACGAAUAUAAUAAAAUAUGUAAACAGCGUAGAAGAAAUAAUUUCCAGUAAUAGUAUUAAUGGAGAUAGUAAAAAUAAUUCUAAUAGUAGUGCAUUAAAUUUAAAAAUUGAAAAUGAUGAAGCAAACGGUGCUAACGACACAAAUGGAGCAUAUUUUUCAGAUAUGAAAAUUAGCAAUGCAGAAGAAAAUCACAAUUAUAAUGAUCUUAUUUUAAAACAAGAAAAUAAAGAUAGUUUAAAUAAAGAAGAAAAAAAUGAUAUUAAUAAUAUUGGGAAUAAUUGUAAAGAUGAAUGUUCCAAUAAGUCUCAGGAUAGCAAUAUCGAAAAAAAUGAUGGUAUAAAUGAUGGUAUAAAUGAUAGUGAACAUAAUUUAGAAAAUUUGAAAGACUGUGAUGAAAAAAGCAGAGAUAACGAUGAUGAAUAUGAAGAUGAACAAAAUGAAAAUAUGUCUGAUAAUAAUUAUAGUGAUGAUGAAAAAACAAAUUUAGAUAACUGUAAUACAAAUGAUAAAAAAAAAAAUAAAAAUGAUAGUGAAACUUUAUUACCUAUAGCUAAUAUUAGUAGAAUUAUGAAACGAAUACUUCCAGCAAAAGCAAAAGUUGCAAAAGAAAGUAAAGACAUCAUACGGGAAUACGUUACAGAGUUUAUUCAAUUUUUGACUAGCGAGGCGAGCGAUAGGUGUUUAAAUGAAAAACGAAAAACUAUUAAUGGAGAAGAUAUUUUGUUUUCUAUGGAAAAAUUAGGAUUUAAUGACUACGUCGAACCACUAUCAGAGUAUCUAAACAAGUGGAAACAGAUGAAGGGAUUAAGCACUUCGAAUAGAUACUAUGAUAAGAAAUUUGAUAUAUCACGAAAUUCUCAAGAACAAAAUAUGUUAAUAAAUUACAAUACAAAUAUUUUUAAUAACAUGAACAAUAAUAAUUAUUAUGCCAAAGAAAAUUAUGGUUAUAAUGAAGGUAAUUGUACUGCUAACAAUUUUUUUAGAAAUGAAAAAAAUGAGUUUUGUAACAAUAAUUUUAGCAAUUCUUAUUUUAAUAAUAAUGGGAAAAAUAAUAUAAACAGAACUUAG